AUGAUUUAAUCAACAGAAUUACUCUUAUGUCUGACUAUUAUGUUAAGUUCAACAAUGUUCUGUAAUUAUUACCCUAUGGAUGCUAAGGCUUGUAUUUCAAAGACUGAUGGGAUCUAGUGUAUAUAUAAUUUGCAAUGAUAAGGUUAUUUUAAUGAAUUUGAGAAUGCCUGUCUACCAACAAGAGAGACUAGCCAUGGAUGUAUAAAUACAUUGAAUAAAUUAUCAUGUUUGAAUCAACUUACAUAAAAUGAUGGCACUGAAGCUACAUGUAUUUAUAUAAAUAUAUAUUUGAUAGGCAUAUUCACAAAUAGAUGUUAAAAAGCAAAGAAGUAACAUUUCAAAAAUCUUGGUUGUGCAUUAAAUUAUUCAUAAUAUGCUUGUAUGAAUGCAUAAAAGAGUGAUUGUAUUUGGAAUGAUAAAUGUGAAUAAUUUUUAGAUUAGAUAUCUUAAGAAGAUGAAUGUUCAAAAGUAUUCAAAAAUAGAUCUGUAACACCAUCUUUGUGUUAGAAGAUCCAGAAUAUAAGAUGUAUGAGUAAUGGUUUUUAUGGUUAAUAUAAAUGUGUUUAAAUAACAGAAUAAAUGCUUAUGAGUAUGGAAUGUUCAUAAUUAGGAUUAAAUGAAUAAGGAUGUAUUGAAAUUAUAACUAUAGAUUAAGCAUGUAUAUUUAUAUAAAUUAUAUAGGUAUAUUUGAGAACAAUUAAUGUAAAUAGAUUGAAAAUGCUUAAAAUUGUAAUUUAAAAUUAAAUAGAUUAGGAUGUUUAACAAUUAUGAAUCCUAAUAUCAAAUGUUAAUGGAAAAACAAUAAAUGUUUAGAUAUGACUGAAAUCACUUUAUAAUGUGAUUAAAUUUAUGAUGUCAACCCUAGUGUCUGUUAAAGUUUUAAAGGAAUUUGUUAAUAUGACAAAAUCAAAAAGAAAUGUAGACUACCAACAAAUACUGAAUUAUAACAUCUCAAAUGCAAUACUGAUGGAUUAACUAAAUAAGCAUGUCUUCAAAUUAAGAAUCAAUAUUGUACAUUCUUUAGAGGAAUAUGUGAAGAACUUAGUUAAAUUGAUUUAUAGUAAUUUUAAUGUAAGAUGGAAUUGAAUGAAGAUGCUUGUAUUAAUAUUACAACACAAUUUUAAUAUUGUUAAUGGGAUGGAUUAUAAUGCAAAAGAAUUUCAAUAAAUUAAUAGACUGAUUGUCCACUUUUAAUUAAUAAUCAUUUAACUAAAUUUAAUGGAAAUGUUUGUUAAUCUAUUACAAAACCGAAUGUAUAAUGUAAAUAUAAUGCUGAAAGACAUUUGUGUGAAAUAAGUAAUUAAUUAGAUUCUUGUAAUACACCUUAUUUAAAUUUAUAAGGAUGUUUGAAUUUGAUAUAAAUUGGAAUUACUUGCUAAUGGUCUAAUGAGAAAUGUAUUAAUAUAAAGAUUAUAAAUAAUAAAACAACUUGUAAUAGUCUUAAGUUUGUAAAUCCAAUAGCAUGUUCUCAAGUAUUUGAAUCUAAUAGUUUGGGUUGUUAUUUUGAUUCUAUAUUAAUGUAAUGUAAGAGCAUUAAUAUACAGAAUUCAAACAAUGAAGAAAAAGAAUUUUUAUAUAAUACUGAUUGUUCUAAUCCAUUAUUUGGUUUAAAUAAAGUUGCAUGUGCUUCAAUUAUGAAACCUGGAUAGAUAUGUAGAUGGACUUAAAAUCAAUGUAGUUAAAUUAAGUCUAAAGAAUAAAUAUCUUAAGUUUAAUGUAUUUCACUUUAGUAUGUAAAUUAAUAAGUUUGUGCCUUAGUUGAAUUUAUGAAAGAACCAUGUAGAUAUUCUCAACAAGAAUUAGGAUGUGUUAAUUCUAUUGUUAAUGGAAUGUAAUGUGAAGAAAUAGGAUUAAAUACUUAUGCAUGUGCUAUUGCCUCUAAAAAUUGUUAUUUUGAUACUGAAGCUAAUUAAUGUAAAAGAUUAAUUGAUACAUAAAAAUCAUUGUUAUCAAUCAUUAAAUGUGAUUAAAAUUCUCCUACAAUUGGAUUAUGUUCAGCUAUUACUACUUAUAAUCAAUUAUGUACUUGGUCUUAUAGAGCUAACAAAUGCUAAAGUAUAGAUAUACCAUAUAAUUCAAAAUGUUUAGAUUUUUCUGGUAAAAAUGUAAUUGUAAAUAUAAAUGUAUGUGCAUCAAUAGAGCAUGAAUUUCCUGAGUAUGAUUAUACAAAGGGUGAAAUUAAUAAAUAAGAUUUGAAUAGAGGAUUGUGUAAAUUUAAUAUAAAAAAAGGAGUAUGUGAAAAAUUGAAUUAAUUUUGUACAACUCCAUGUUGCACUGAAAAUGAUAAAAUUGGAAUCAAUGCACAUUCUUGUAGUAGAUAUUCAAAUCCAUCUUUCUUUUGUUAUUUUAGUCAUAAUUUAAGAUGUACUCAAUUAACAAACAAGUAAAUAAGUAUUAUAAAUGAUGAAACAGCUGCAGCCUAUUAUAAUUAUAAUAAAUUUAAAUGUUCAUAAAUGACAGUUAAAUCUUGCAGUCGAAUAAAUUGGUCAACUAAAUAAAGAUGUUAUAAUAAUGGAAGACUUUGUUUGAAUGUUAAUUUUAAUAAUUAUUUAUAAUUUGAUUAGUUUCUUAUUGCCAAUGCUGUAAAUGAAUAUGCCUGUUUAGCAAUAGAAGCAAUAAUAAAUGAAAAUAAUAAUAAGAAAUAUUUUUAAUAUGAUAAAUCUAUAAGAAAAUGUAAUUCAGUCACUCCUAAUUAUAGUAAUAGUUGUUAAAUACCUGGAAAUAGAAAUAUAUGUUUGACAUUUACUAAAGAAAAGUAUUGUAAAUGGAAUGUUCUCACUUUGAAAUGUGAAGAUAUGACUGAUGAUGAAUUUGAUUAAAUUAUUAGUUGUAAUUCUAAUUAAAAUGUCAAAGCUUGUAUAGAAAAUAAUAAUCUAGCUUGUCAAUUCUUUGAAAAAUCUGAUAGCUGUAUAGAUACAUAUCCAAAUGAAGAUUGUCUAUUAUAUGAUGGAACUUUAGGUAAAGUGAGUAAAAAAGUAUGUACUUAAAUAAUUAAAGAUGGUCAAAUGUGUAAAUUUUAAGAUAAUAAAUGUAUUUAAUUUAAUGAUUCUAUUACAAAUGGAUGUGAACACGAUGGAAUCAAUUCUUUAGCAUGUUAUAAUUUAACUACUUUAGAAUGUAGAUGGGAUGUAACCACUUAAACAUGUUAUCAAAAUUAUUCUAAGAUUGAUGAUUUAAGAUGUGAAGAUAAUUUAAAUAAAAUAUUAUGCAUUAAAGUAACCAAAGAACCUUGUAUUUGGGAUAAUCAAAGAUUUAAAUGUCUAAAAUUAAUUUAGACCUCUUAAAUAUUCUUUUCUUCAUUAAAUUAAAAUAACUAAUAUAAUGAAUUAACUUGCCAUCUUAUUUAAAAUUCAUAUGAAUAUUAAGUACCAAAAUGUGUAUUAAUUACAGAAAAAAACAACAAUUGUAGUAAAUAAUAUAUUAAUAAAUAUGCUUGUCUCUAUAAUACUUAAGGAUAUCAUUGUUAUUAUGAUCCAAAUGAAAUCAUCUUGAAUCUAAGAUGCAAAUAAUUCAUAGGUGAAUAAACAUAAUGUACAACAACUAUUCUUAUAAAUAUAUAAAUCUGCAUGGAAAUACCAAAAUCAUGUUAUUUUGAUAGUGUUAAAUAAAUAUGCACACCUGUUGAUAUUGAUGAAUAAGUACUAUGUUCAGAUUUAAUGAAUGAUUAGACACGUAAUUAUAAUUAUUUAUCAUGUGCAUCAAUAUCUGAGAAUUUAACUUAAACUUAUGGACCUAAUUAAUGUUAUGAAAAUAAAAAUUAAGUGUAAACAUGCAACUAUGAAAAAUAUUGUUUUUGGAAUUCUAGUACUUAUAAUUGUUAAAUUAAAUAACUACACUCAUUGAAAUGGGUACCAAAAUAAGAAGGUUGCUCUUCUGAUGAUCCAGAUUGCAAAGACAAAUGUUCUGGAAAUAUUAAAGAAUAUGUUAAUGAAUGCUCAUAUAGAUAUUCAAAAGCAUUGUGUUUAGAAAUGAAUUAAAAAUAGUGCUUUUUUGAUAUUAAUUAAGGUGGAUGUAAUGAGAUUCAAAAAAAUGAAAUCUAUAUAGGAGAUUGUGAUAAUCUCUAUCAAUAUACUGAAAAUGAUACUACAUUUAAUAAUUGUAAUAAAUCAAUGAAUUAAAAUGCUAUUUGUGUUUCUGAAUUAGGAUAAGAUAACCCAUAAGGUUGUUAAAGUUUCAAAAGAACAAUAUUUAAAUGUGUUUAAUUAGAGAUUUCAAAUGAUAAUAUUUGUGAUACUUCUACAAGUUCUCCAUCUCCUGGAUUAUGUUCAAUUGCUACCACAUUUUGUAGAUUUGAUAAAGAAAACUAAAAAUGUACAAGUAAUUAAUCAUGUGAUUGUGAUGGAUCUUUUAGUUAAUCUAUGUGUGAGAGUUGCAAUUGCAAUUUUGAAUAACUUGGAUAUUGUCAAAGUAAAGAUAUUAUGAUAAAUGCACCUAAAAUAACUACAAUAGAAAUUACAAUUGAAAGUAUAUCUUAAAUUGAAAUAAAAACUAAUAAAUACUAUUUAUGUAAUUAAGUGAAUUUAUUAAAAACAUCUCAACCUGAAAUACUAUGUAGUAAUGUUGAAUAAUCCUGUAUGUACAAUGAUACUUGUAUUGAUGUUACUGGAUAUUAGUGCAAUGAAUUAAUGAAUAAUAUAGUAUCAUCUAAAGCAUGUACUUAAUGUAAAGGAGAUAAAAUGUAUUAUGAUUCAGAUCAUUUUUGUAAAAUUCUCAAUCCUUAGAAUACUCCAAAUUUAGAUUCCUUAAAUCAAGCAUCAUGUGUAUCAUCUCAUUUUGAUAAACCUUUAUAAUGGGAUCAAUCAAAAUGUAAAGAAGUAAGUGAUAUUAUUACUUUAUCUGAUUGUUCAUUAUACAAUCCUAAGGCUUGUAAGGAUAUAUAAUAAUGUUGGAUUCAUCCAGAAACUAAUUUAUGUACUAUAUUUAAUGAGAAUAUUGGAAAUUGUGAAUAACAAUAUACAUAAGAAUAUUGUCUACUAUCUAAUAAGGAGAUGUGUUAUUGGAAUCAAGAUGAUAAAGUAUGUAGAAAAGCUUAAGAAAAAUAAAGUAAUUAUGUUUGUGAAGAUGCAAAUAAGUUUGGAUGUUUAAAUCUUGAAAAUUAAUUGUGUGUUUGGUCAAAUACAUAAAAAUGUUAAUCAAUUAAAUAAAUAGAUUUAUCAGUUUAAAGUUGUACUGAUUUUUUAACAUAAAAAUAUGAUUUUUAUAAUGGUUCAAUAUGUACUCUAUUAGUAGUACCUAUAGAUGUUAAAGAUAAAAGUUGUUUCAGAGAUUCAAAUUAUUAAUGUAGAUCUUCUAUUAUAACUGAUAAAUUAUAAUGUGAUACAUCAGGUUUAAAUGAAUAUAGUUGUAUCAAUUCAACAAUAGGAAAAUGUAAAUUCUCAAAUUCAAUAUGUUCAUAUGAAAACAGUUAGAUUCUUGAUUGUGAAUAAGAUGAUAUAUUACUUAAUUUAAAUAGUUGUUUAAAUUAAAAAAAGACCUGCAAAUUUGAAGCAGGUAAAUGUUAAACUUAUGAAGUCAAUAGAUUGGAAGAUAUUGAGGUUGAUAAUAUAUUGUAUUCAAUUUCUGUUUGUUCUUAAUUGGAUUCUUUACCAACAACACCAAGUUUUAUAUACAAUUCAAAGACUAAAAGAUGUAUAAAUAUUCAGAAUAGAUCACCUUAUAUACAUGAUUGUAAUCUUUUAGGUAUGAACAAAAAUGCAUGUCUCUAAAAGACUAAAGUAUUUUGUAGAUACACUUAAUAAUAAUGUCAAAGUAUUUCAUUUUAAGAAUUAAGUACAAUAAAUUCAUGUGAUUAAACACUCAAUUAGUUCUCUUGCAUAUCUUUAUCAAUUUUGUGUAAAUAUCAAGAUGGGAAAUGUUAGAAUUUAGAUUCUACUGAAAAUUGUCAAUUUUUAUCAACAAAUAAUACUAAAAUCAAGGCAAGUAUUUGUUCUAAAUAGACUGAUUAAGUAUGCUUUUAUGAUUAAAAUAGAAAUUAAUGUUAAACUACAUAGGCAAUUAAUUUAACAUGUUCUACAGAGGGAUUAAAUUAAAAGGGUUGUUUAUUUAAUACUAAAGGAUUGUUUUGUAAAUUUGAUAAUGGUUAAUGUUAAGAUAUUCUUGAAGAGGCUAAUUGUGAUGAAUUAAUCAAUGAAGAUAAAUGUUUAUCAAUAAUGAGACAGGGAUAAUAUUGUUAGUUUAAUUAAAUUACAGGUUGUAGAGUAAUUAAUCAUGAAAACUUGAAAUAAUGUGGUGUAUUUAAUGAAUAAACUAAUCCAGUAGUUUGUUCUCUUGCCAUAGAUAAAGCUUGUUAUUAUGAUAUAGAGACAAAAAAAUGCAAAGAGUAUGAUAAAUAAAAUAUAGAAAAUAAUGUUUGGGAGGAUAAUCAUAUUUCUUAUAAUUAAUUAACUUGUGAGUAAUAUAAUAAAAGUAAUAAAAUGUUAAGAUGGGAUAAUAAUGAAUGUUAAGAAAUAGUGUAAUCUAAUUUAUCAAUAAUUACUUGUGAUGAUAAUUUAAAUCAAUUGAGUUGUUAAAAAGUAAAUAAUAUUAAUUAAAAUUGCUAAUAUAUAAAUAAUAAAUGUUAACAUUAAAUAAUACCUAAUAAUAAUGACAUAAUUUGUAACACAAUUAAGAAUAUUAAUACAGGAUACUUAUGUGAAAAAGCUAAAGAUAAACCAUGUAAAUUUAAUAAGGAACAAUUUUAAUGUGAAAUUGUAACAAAUGAUGAAAUUAUCAAUUGUGCUGAUAUAACUAAUGGUUAUAAUUAAAUAGCAUGUGAUUAAAAUUAAGAUUGUGAAUUUGAUUCAGAUUAUCAUUGUUAUUAGAAAAAAGAGAAUGAAAUAAUAUUAUGUAAGGAUGCUAUCACAUUUGAAUAAUGUUAAAAAGUAAGAGAUUAAGGUUGUUAUUUUAAUAAUGGUUGUAAAAAGAUAAUAGAUUAUUCAAUUAUUGAAUGUAUGGAGACUAUUAAUGCUUAUGGUUGUUAAAGAGUGAGUAAAGAAGGAGUUUAUUGUAAAUAUUUUGAUUAGUAAUGUUAAGUUUAGAAUCCUUUAUUAAUAUAAGAUAUAAAGUGUAAAGAUGUUGGUAUAAUAAAUAAUUUAGUGUUUUGUGAAUAAGUAAAUGAUGAAGAAUGCAGAUAUGAUUAAAAAAAAAGAUCUUGUGAUUUAAUAAAUAAUACUAACAAUUUGAAACAAUUUAAAUGUGAGAGAGGUUUGAAUUUAUACAGUUGUUUAAAUAGAACAAUAGAAUCAUUAUAAUGUAAAUUUGAACAUUAUUGUUAUGGUCCAAAUGAUUAGAUUUUAAAUUGUAAAAAUGAUUAAAAUAUUCUUGAUUGUUGUACAUAAGCUUAUACUAAAGAUUAAUGUUUAUUUUAAUCUAAAUUUAAAUGUAAAUGGUUAAAUGAACAAUGUUCUAGAUAUGAUUAAAAUUAAUCUAAUUGUGAUCAAAUUCAAUUAGCUUCAAAGAGUGUAUGUAAUUCUAUUUUAAAUGUUAAUUGUAUUUUAGAUUAUAAAUUAUAUGAAUGUAAUAUAAUAGAUAUAAUUUAAUGUGAACAAGCAUAAAGUAAACUAUAAUGUAGAUUAAUUUAAAUUAUUCCUUGUUAUUGGGAUUAAAUGAUAGAUAAAUGUAUAUUCAAAUAAAAAUUAGAGAGUGAUUAAUGUAAUGAUAUAAAAGAAUAAAGUGGAAACAUUAGAGCUUGUAUGGAUAUUGAAAAGAAAGGACAAUUUUGUUAAUUUAAAUAAAAUUAAUGUGAAAUAUUUGAAGAAAGUGAAACAAUUACAAGAUGUUUAAAUAAUAUAAAUAAAAUAUCUUGUAUAAUCUAAGUAUAAACUGAAUGUAUAUGGAUGUAUAAAAGUAUUUAAAUAAAAAAUAUAUAAUCAAAUUCAAAUUUUGAAUUGUCUAUAGGUGAAUGUUAAGAAUUUCAUGAUUUUAAUACUACAGAUUGUAAUGAUCAAUUAAGUUAUUUGUCUUGUUUAAAAAUUAUAACUACUGGAAUAUAAUGUCAAUGGAUAGAUUAAACAUGUUAAAAGAUUAAUAGUUAAUUAGGAUAAGUUAUUACACCAAAAUCAUUUAUAUUAAUAAAUAGCAAUGCUUGUGGAUUAGUUAAUAAUGGUGAUUUGGUAUAAUAUAAUUCAUAUACAAAUUCUUGUAUGAUAGUUACAGAUAUCAACAAUCUCACAUGUUCUCCUAUGAUUCCUGGAUUAAAUAAGUAAGCAUGUGUUAGAAUAUAAAAUUAAAUGUGUAUUUGGGAUGAUAAGAAGAAAUAAUGUAUAUUUAAAAGUAAUAGACUACUAAUGUAAGAAUCUUAAUCAUAAAUAUAAUAUUCUAAUACUUGUAAUUCUUUUAGAUUAAAUAAAUAAGAUUGUCUUUAAUCUAAAAUAGAUCCAUGUGUUUGGAUUCUAGAAUCUGAUAAUCAAUAUACUUGUUAAGAAUAUCAUCCAUAUAGUUUAUGUAAAGAUAUUAAAUUAAAUGUUAAUUCUAUUGUUUGCUCAUUAGUUAUAGAUGAUCCUUGUUUAUAUAAUUCAAAAUCUAAUUCAUGUGAAUAACCUAACUCAAUAUUAUCAUCUUGUGAUAUUGAAGGAAUAAAUGCUCUUGCUUGUUCUGCUAUUUAGGGAUGUAUUUUUAAGGAUUAUAAAUGUUAAAUAUAUAAUCCUGAUAAAUAGUAAUUUUGUCAUGAAAUAAAAUAGGCCAAUUAUUAAGUAUGUUCUUUGGCUAUUGAUAAUUGUAAAUAUAGUGAAUUACAUCAUGGUUGUAUAUCAUCAUCAAAUUUUGAUUAUUGUUCAACUAUUGGAUUAAGUCCUAAAGGAUGUAAUCUAUUAAAUGAAUGUCAAUGGACUAAUUCAAAAUGUGAAUGUUUAGCUUAUAUCCAAAGAUAUCCAAAAUGUUCAACUCUUUAGGAUUAAAUAUUGUGUUAAAAUGUUGAAUAUUGUUUUUUUGAAGUCAUAAAUAUGCAUGAUGUUAUUAUAAUGGGUAAAUGCAGAGAAAAAAGAUGUUCUGAUUUAAAUAUUAAUAAUUGUGAAGGUACUCAAAUUAGUAAUAAAAUUUGUUAUUUGAAUAAUUCAUAUUAAUGUCAUGAAGCAACAAAUUGUAAUAAUUUAAUUAAAUAAUAAUAUAAAUGUACUAAUUAUAAAUUUAAUAAUAUAAAAUGUAUACCAAAUAAAUAAUAAAUUGGAUGUGAAAGUUUAAAUUGUAAUCUUUUAGAUCAAAUAACAUGUUUAUCUUAUCCAGAUGAAUGUAUUUAUAUAGAUAUUUGUAAAACAAAGACUUGUUAACAUAUGAAUAAAACAUAAUGUCUUUUAAAUGAAUGUGAAUGGGAUUAUUAAACAUCAAAAUGUAAUUAAUAAAGAUAUUGUUCAUAAAUUUAAUCAAAGAAUGAAUGUUAAAUUAACAUAUUUUAAGGUAUUCAAUGUACUUGGAUAAAUCUAUCAAAUUAAAUUGAAUAAUGCACUCCAUUAACAUGUAGAUAUUUGGAUCAAAAACAUUGUAAUGGUUCUUAUAUUGGCAAAAAUGUUUGUGUUUAAAUGAAAGACUAUUCUUGUGUCUCUUGUGAAGAAAUUACAGAUAUAUGCUUAUGUUUAAAUUAAUAUACUUAUUGUACAUUCUCAUAUUAAUAAAAUUAAUGUAUAUCUAAAAGUUGUAAUCAAUAUUAGGAAUAAGAUUGUCCAUAAACCUUUUGUAGAUUUAACAUAUCUUAAAAUGUAAUUAUAUUAUAAUAAUUAGAUAUGUUAACCAUUAUGUUAAAAUUAUUAUAAUGAAUAUUAAUGUAAUAAAACUAAAACAUGUAUUUGGGAUUAAAAAGGUCUAAAUUGUGUAGAUAUAUUUUUAUCAGCAUUUUAAUUAAUAUAAUUGAUAACAGUAAUGCUAUUUUUUGUUAAUUGA